AUGGAUCAAGAAUAUUAUUCUACAUUGUAUAAAUGGUUUGAAAAAUGUGGUGUAAUAUCAAAUGUAAGAACGCAUCUUCGUCAAAAUUUAAUAAAUGCGUUAAAAAGUAAAGAUAUUUUUUUAAAAAGUGAAGGUCCCAAAUCUGCAAAACAGUACGUUUAUGAUUUACUAAUAGCAGAAUAUUUAUUUAAUCACAAUUAUGCAUAUACUCUAUCAGUAUUUGCUAGUGAAGCACCACUAUUAAUUAAUUUUUCUAAUAAGACAGUUCAAAGACCUGAUAGCAGUGAAGAGGAUAAUAAUGAAAAAUUACAAAGUGAUUAUAUAUUACAUGCUUUGGAAACAUUAGGUAUUAAUCCUUGUGAUUCUAAAGGGCAAUAUGUUAUAUCACAUUAUAUAGAAAGUGAUAUGCCUCUUCUUUUAUGUAUAUUAAAAUGUAUAACUAUGUUUUCUUAUAAUAUACAUAAUGAUAUACCAAUAAAAGAAAAAAUAUCUCUUUGUAAUGAGUCUACACAAACUGAAUUUUCUUGGCAAGCUCAUAGUUUAUAUAUAGAAAAAUUAAUUGCAUUAAAAAAAAAAAUAAAUGUGCAUAAGCAAAUGGUUAAUAACAAGCUACGUGAAAAAGAAAUGAUAUUAAAACAACAAACAUUAUUUAUUGAGCAACAACUUGAAGCAUUGAAUACAAAAUUACAUCAAGUUCAAAAUGUCAUGCAUAAUAUGAAUUUAAAAGAAAAAUUAUUGAAAGAAAAAAGACAAACUAAUGAAAAACAAAUUUUACAAAAAGAAAUGGAAUUAGCAUUGAAAGAAAGAUUAUUGUUGCAAAAGACAGAUAGAUUACAAAGAGAGCAAAAUAACAAAAAAAAACUAGAACAAGAUAUGAAAAAAACGCAUGAACAAAAAGGAGUACAGACAGAACUUCAAAUUGAAUCAUUUAAUCAUUUUUUAAAAAACAUGGAAGUACAAACGGAUUUUGUAAACAAUAUGCAACAAGAACAUAAAAUUGAGAUCCUUACUAAAGAAAAGGAAGAAUUAAAUGCCCUUAUUCAGGAUCAGCAAUUAAAAAUAGAGCAGAUAACGCAACGGGCUCUUCAGUUGUCUCAACAAAUAGAAGGAAUACGUUCAUUGAGAACAACUAAUUUAGAAAUUCCAACACAAACUGUUAAUAUAAAUACAAUUAUUAGUGAAAGUAGUUCAACAGAGGACAUUCUUCAAGAUGCAAAGUUAAGACUUAAACGUCUAGAAGAAGAAAGUUUAAAAGCAGAUCAAUAUUAUUAUAAUUUUAUCAAUAAUUCACCAUAAUAUGAACUUUAUGAUAAUAGAUUUCUAAUAGAAAUAAAAUAAAACAAACAAUUAAAAAGAAUAUAUAAAUCUAAUUUUUAUAAUAUAAUAUUUAUGUUCAUAUUUUUACAUAAAAAUAAUUAUGUAUUAAUUUUUAUGAAUGAAUUGGGAAUUAAUGAAACAAAUGCAUUAAUGAAUUUUUAUUGAGAUCAUUGAUAAUUCCUAUUAUAAAUUAUAUAAAAUUUUAAUUUUAUAUAUACAAAUUUAAGACUGAAUAGAACAUGUACCAAAGUGCUUUUGUUACAUAGUUUAUUUUAUAAAAUUGGACGUUAAUAUAAUAUACAAAUUAUUCACUAUCUUUUUUUCUUUAUUAUUUGAAUUCUACCUUAAUUACAUGCAACACCAAACGUAGUAUA